CAGUGCUGAUCGCUAAGAUAAAAAAAAGAAGAAAAAUAAAAAUCCGCGCGCGCCGAUUGAAUCUGUUUCUGAUCGGUUUUGUAAAUAAACCACAUUUGCACUUAUGGCGCGGCAGAUCGAUCACCUCAGCCGUAGCGAUGACACGUACUUGGUUUCGGAGGAUUCGUCUGCGCUUGACAUCGACAGUAAAAAGGAAGAUUAUGGCGACGGGGAGAUCGACGCGCCUGCCAUUUUUUUGUGCGGAAAAUGCAGACUGCCUUUCGGAGACUCGCUGUCAUGGGCCGGGAGCGACGACGAGCAGAACCAGAUCCUGCUAAAGCGUGUUAAUGAGAACAUUGUGGUUGGCAAGGAACCUUUUGUCUAUGGCACAAAUGAAGAACAAAGAUGCCUCGCUGUGAAUCUCACCUGUCGGGGGUGCAGCGUCAAGCUUGGACAUAUGUACAUGUCCACUCCAAAAUCACUGGACUACAAAAGGUCCAUUUUCUGUCUGAUGGUUGAAAAUAUUGAGAGCUAUGUUUUAGGCUCUUCUGACCAGCAGGUGGCAGCAGUGGACAGUGAAGAAAGGCCCGUUACACUAGAGUACAUGGAUAAUGUUGAGCGACAGAUGACAAAGAUAAAAUCUCUAGCAGUGACAAUAGGACAGCGGUUGUUGGAGAUCGAAGUUGACCUGCAGGGCAAGUUGAGGACGACUUAAAAGUGAGCUCCACACAAGCCUAGAUUCGUUCUUCAGGUGUUUCUCUGCUAUUCCUGCCCCAAGGCUUUGCUACAAUAUACGAUAUUUGUUUGCACAAAUGUGAAAAUCUGGAAAUGAUAUCCAUGUCAAACCCAUAACACAAACCAGAUUGUUAUUAAUGUUGUUUGCUGUUGUUUAUCACUAUCUAUUGGUUCUGUUUUCUAUUGUUCACGUGAGGAUAAACUCAUGUUCAAUAAUCCUGUGUAUUAGGUAAAUAAAGAUUGUUCCCUGAU